UUUCUCUUUGUGCAUUUGCUUACCCUGUCAUGGACUGACCUUCUCUCUCUCUCUCUGUCUUUCUUUUCUUUUCUUCUUGCCUGUUUUUUUUUAAUUUCCCUCCUUUCCCCCUGCAUCUCCCUCCGUCUGCUGAUGUGGACGACGUAAAGCCUGAGGUUUAAACAUUAGAGGCAGAGUUCGAGCAGAGAGGAGGACAAACAGGAGAGGUGCUGGCAUUUGACAUUUGACUGAUGGAGUCUUUCUCUGGAGACACAGAAGAAAGCACAGAGGACGUUCCAGGACGUAAAAAGUCCAAGCUCAAGUCUCUGAGAACUCGUCUCUUCAGGAAAAGCAAGAAAGCAGGUGUAGAGGAAAGCACCAAACUCAGCCAGUCAGCCAGUGACAUCACUGCUGCAAAGGGACUAGGAUCGGAUGAAGAAUUGGUAUGCUCCCAGGCGAUGAUGGGUUCCCGGGCACUGUCCCAUGACAGUAUCUUUCUGGCUGAUCAGGUUCUGACAGACGAUGAACCAGCCAGGGGCUCAUCCCAGCAGAAUGUUCACAGCAAGAUUAAAGCUCUGCAGACAAAGCUUCUGCAGCAGAACCUGCAUUUUGGGCCGCCACCUACAGUUCUGCCAAUCAGGCGUCCAGAGGAUCCCAGUAGCCACUCAGAGGAAUCUCUGGACCACAGCCCUCCGGAUAGCCCAGGAGGAGAUGCCACAUCCUAUGGAGCCCUCACCAAGACAACAUCCCAGCCAGCCUCUUGUCCAUUCAGCCCAAUUUCCAGAUCUGUACCUACCAAAUCUCUGCCUCCGACUCCAUCCCAUAUUUUCCCUUCUUAUGGCGCCACUACUUCUGCUUCUGCUGUUGAGGCUCCGCUAGACUUCAGUACACCAGCACAGUUCUCUCCCUGCUUGGAUACUUCUGCUGCACGUCACCGGAUGUCUAUCAAACCCAGAAACCAGAGAGCCACCUCGAAGAAGAAACUCACUGUGACUCAGUCCCUGUCUCUUUCACACACCCUGAACAACGUCGACAACUUCGAAUCUGUGGAGGAACCAGAGCGGCAGCAUGAAGUUCAAGAGGAAGAACAAACUAUUAUACCUCAGCAUCUUCCUUUCAAAUCUGCCAAGGUGGCACCAGUUCCAUCAGAAGUGGCACCAGUUCCUUUAGAAGUGGCACCAGUUCCAUCAGAAGUGGCACCAGUUCCAUCCGAAGUGGUACCAGUUCCAACCAAAGUGGUACCAGUUCCAUCCGAAGUGGUACCAGUCACAUCCGAAGUGGUACCAGUCACAUCCGAAGUGGUACCAGUCACAUCCGAAGUGGUACCAGUUCCAUCCGAAGUGGUACCAGUCACAUCCGAUGUGGUACCAGUCACAUCCGAAGUGGUACCAGUCGCAUCAGAGGCAGCACCCAAACCACCCAGCCCAAGUUUUCCCCAGCAGGACCAGGCUCUUCCGUGGACAGCGCCCUCUGCACUUCGGGUCAAACCUUACAGGCGUGUGGAUGCAGCGUCCAGUAGACGGCCACACUCAUCCUACACAGAGUCGGAACUGAAGGAAAGAAGGGAGGCAGAUUUUGAAAUACAAUUAAUGUCCCACGACAAGAGAAGUGCUCUAAACAAGGCUGGAGUGGCUGAAGUUCCCCCGGAGCGACCCUCCUCUACCUUCAGCCCAGUGACUGCGUUCAGGUCUUCCUCACUUCGUCAACACAUUCAAGUUGAGGGCGACGGCACCAGAGCAAUAAGGAGACCUGCCCCCGGAUCUGGCUCUUUCCAUUUGUCCAUCACCACUGCCAGAAACCGAGAUGGAGAAAGACCCCGAUCAGGCAGUUUUGUAGAAGUAUUGGACCAGACUGAAGCCAAGAAUAAGCCAAUCGGGGGAAAUGAGGACAAGGAAAACAGAGGCUUACAGCCCAGAGGAGGCCCCUUUGGAGCGGGACGGCUUAGGCAAGAAGAGCCCAGAGGCCCAGUCCUGGGUUCAUGGGACAAGAGGGACAGCCUCAAAAAGGUCGAAUUAGCGACACCAUCUAAAAGUGAACCUACAAAUGCAGGUGUUGUAGAGGGAGAGGAAGUGGAGAGCAGCCAGGAGGAGGUGGAAGAGGCAGUGGAAGCAAAGGAGAUCCAGGAGGAGGAUGGAAAGACGGCAUUUGGCAUCAAACUGCGCUCCACAUCUCUGUCGUUUAGACUGCGCCCUAAUUCCACUUCCAACCAUGAUCCAAAGACUGUACUGUGUGAGGACUCAAGUAACAAACAAAAUCAGCAGGAAAUAAGAGGCCCCGCCAUCUACAUGUCUGAAAAGCUGCCAUCCAACACAUCUUUUACACCAACCAACCUUGGAGAAUCCAGACCAAGAGAUCCAACCCCAUCUGGCCUCUCCCCUCCGGUGAAACACAGCGCUCCGUUUACCACCGAUCCUCCCAUCAUGCCUGCAGAAGUCCAAAUGACCACUUCAGACCCCAAAGAAGCAGAGACUGCCCCCCAGGAGCCUCAGCCUGCCCCCCAAACAGCCGCAUCUGAAGUGUCCUGGAUGAGUCUGGCAAUGGAAAAGACCAGGAGCCUCCAGCAGCUCUUUACCAGCAGAUUCCCCAGAGAUUUUACGGGCAUGCAAACUGCAGCUCGACCACAAGCACAAGCGCCGCCAGCAAAUCCACUAGAGACAGUGACGCAAAUACAAACUGUAAAGAUACAGGAAGGUGCAACACAGCUGGAGGCUGCAAAUCAACCGUCAGCAGAAGCAGCUUUAAGUAGAAGUCAAGCACAGACUGUCAAAUCACCACCAGUGACAGUGCAACAGAAGGUGUCAGUGACCUCUGUGGCCUUUAAAGAACCACAAAAACAAACCAAUCAAGAACAGCCAAAUACAACUCAGUCACAUCCUGUGUUUUCCCCACAGGCCACCUCAUGGACAACCCCAUCUCCAGUGCACGUCCCUUUACAGACAGAGUCCACUCCUCAUUUCACUUCACAGUCGCCUCUUGCACAAUCUUACCUUCCAUCAGGGCAGCAGCAACCCCCCUGGAGCAACCGAGGUCCUGCCACCCAGCUUAGAUCCACAACUGUAGCUCUGACAUCAGCUGUCGCAUCGGCUGCAGCUCCUCCCUCGGUUAACACCUGGGGAAGAGGAGAAGAGGAGGUCGCUGGGAGAAAAGAGGCUCCAUCGCUUUCAGUCAGACGAGCAGUUUGGAGCGGUUCAGUCAGCGACAGGGCUGUGUUUUUAGAGAAACGAGCAGAGUGGGCCACGUCGCCUGGACCCAAGGGGGUGGAAUUAAGGAAACCUCAGACAGAUGUGCAGACAUCAGGUGAACCCCCUGCCUUGGUAAAAACCACAUCUCUGAGCAAAGAUACAAUUCCAGAGGGAAGACAAGGGGUGAAACUUGCAGAGUCAAGUCCCACCAAAGUUCUAGAAAGGCCUCUGGAGGAUAAAUGGCCACGGAAAAAUGUGGUGGCAUCUUCACUGCGGUCGUCUCCCCCCACACUGCCAUCGGGGCUGCAGUCCAUGUCAGACAGCGGCCAGCCGUCGUGGAUGGAACUGGCCAAGAGGAAGUCAAUGGCCUGGAGCGAUAAGACCAUGGACUGAGAGAGGAAACUACAGUGUGAACAGCCCUGCACACAAAUACGACCUUCAUCAAGGUGCUGAGUGUUUGCUGAGGCUGUCAGAAACACGUUGAUUCAACUCUGUGGUCAUUUUUGAGGCUGUUUGUAUUUAAUUGUAAAAAAAAAAAAAAAAAACCUAAAACAAAAAAAAACAACUGUUAAUGUUGACAGACAGAAACCCAGAGAGACAGUAUAUAAUGAAAGGUCCUUAUAAUCUCUCUACUAUAACUACUUAAAGAUGAGGGUUGUUUGUGAAUAAUGUCUAUUGUGAUUCAGCAUUUCACUGCGGUUAAAAGUUUAUGUUAAUUAAUAAAAUUUCUAUUGUUGAGUUUA